AUUUAUCAGUACAACAGUAGCCUAUGUAUACAAUGAAAAGUCCAGGGAGCCUGAUCUGCCCGAUAUAGUAGUCCCAGAACCAGCACUUCCAGUUCCUGCCUCUAGAGGUCUCUGGCAACCUGGCAGCAAACUGGCAUCAGCGGAUGACGGAACAAUUGAUGAAAAAGACUCCGAUUUAAAUGAUGAUACCAUUGCAGCAAAGCAUGAUGGGACCGUGAAAAGCGGUACAGCUGAAGCGGGCACGUUAACAGACGUGUGUAAUAGUGGAGAUUUACCAGAAGUCGAGAUUGUAUCCCUCGUAGAAGAACAGAUUCCAAAAUACAAACUACGAGCUGACACCCUCACAGAAUUUGGGGGCUAUAACAACGAAGAUUGGAUUCAAACACCCGUUCUGCAGCAAGACAUUGAUUUAGACCUGACACAUGAUCAGAUUGAUGCAACUCUGCAGUAUUUCAUCUUAUGUGCGGACCGUAUGAGCCAGAUGACAAAGGCGUUUCACGAUAUAGAGGCUGUUACACGUCUUCUAGAAGAGAAAGAACGAGACCUCGAAUUAGCUGCUAGGAUUGGUCAGAAUUUAUUGGCAGAAAACAAGUCAUUUACAAUAAAGAACGAACAUUUAGAGGAGCAAAUUGCUAUAGCGACUGAUUUGGUGAACCAGUUGAAACAUGAGGUGUGUAUGAAGGAUGACCUGCUCCGUAUCUACACCGACGACGGAGAUGACUCCACACGAAGCUCUCCAUCGAGAGAGAGAGUUCCAUUUGGCCUGGGCCAUGUGAACUUUGAUCACCUUCACAAUAAGGUUAAAGAACUUGAGGAUGAGAACCUUACAUUGAGAGUAGAGUCUGCCAAUUUGAAGACAGACUGUGUAGACUUUGAAGCUCAAGAAAAACGUCUAGUCAAUGAUGUGUGCAAACAGUUAUCUGAGGCGAACGAGCAGGUUCGCGAGCUUGAGAUUGAAAUGGGCCAAAAGACAGAUGUUAACAUCAAACAACAAGAGGAGAUCACAUCACUCCUUGGACGAAUUGUUGACCUUGAAGCUAAGGUCAAAAAGGUGUCUGUUGAGAAUGGGGAACUACACAGUCACGUGCAGGCUUCACAAGAGGCACAAAAGUCACUGACCAAUGAGUUAGCAGACCUGAAAGACAAGUACAAUGAAGCCCUUGGUUUAUUAGUUGAGGCCAACGAUGAGUUGAAGACGCUCAGACGUAAACGGCAGCCACAUGCGACACGUCAUCAUUUCAGUACAUUCUCACCAUACAUCCCUGCCGAUUCUCUUGCCUGUGAGUUAGAGAGCGAAUUCAAGAAAGAUUUGGAGUACCCAGAGGGUUACUCCCCCAAUGAGAGAAAGCAGCACAGCUGGAAGGUUCUUGAAACUGCCAAGUUUGCCAAAAAAGCAGUGGUUCGUAGAGCUACAUCGAGCCGUGGCUCCUUGAGCACAUGUAGCUCAUUGAACAGCUCAUUGCACCUACACGGCGGCCAUGAUACCUCCAAUGACUCAAUGUCCAAUAGGAGUUCUUGUUACAUGUCUGAUGGAGAAUCAUUGUUUAGUGAAGGUUACCAUGGUGAUACUGAUAGCCUUUAUGGUUCAAGCCCUAGCCUGGGUAGACCAGGGGUUCCUGGCUCCAAAGACUUGACUGAGGCCCUUACUAAACUUAGACUCCAAUCGGGAGGGGACACUUGUAGUGAAACAGACACUUGUGAUACGGACACAUAUGUCACUGACGCUUGUGAAACUGAGAGUAAUUACUCUGAAAGACUCGAGGGCACCGACGGGACGACAACACCCACCCCAUGCCGUACUCCAGAGAGUAUGAUGUCAACAGGAAGUGGCCUGUCUGGCUUAUCUGCAGGUUAUGCAUACAAAAUUCCUGAGAAAUUGCAGAUCGUAAAGCCUCUAGAAGGCUCUGCUACAUUGCACCAAUGGCAGCGUUUGGCGACACCCAACCUUGGGGGUCUCCUGGAAGAACGUCCCGGGGUACAGGUGAAGGGUGAACGUAAGAUCGAGUUUGAUGAAGAGAUGUAUGCACUGACAGACUACGAGGAGGAUGGUGGGUUUGAUGCUUUCAAUGAGUGUAGUGGGGAAGCAUGCUCACUGUUUGAUUCUUUAGCUGAUGUGUCUAGAGCCUCUGAUUUGUUAGACUUGAAAUAUGCAACGCCGGGAAAGGGCUUUGAAAGGGCUUCCUCGACAUUCACGUAUACCACAUCACGCGUGAUGCACCCAACCGAGUACAAUCCAGAAGCAGAAACAAACGUCACUCCAAGUGCUAGCGCCUGCAGACCAUCAACAAUCCCCAUGGUGACGCACUUCCAGCAUGACCAGAAAGCUACCGCCACAUAUAGCAUAAACAAAAACCUUUCACAAGUUCUCCGCGAACGUGACACUAGCACACCAGACCCAGAAAUUAAAGAGAGCCCAUUUUUAAGCCCGAUUUUGAGUCCAAGUCGAUUUAGUAGUAUCGUUACUGAAACAAUGUAUGAUAGUAAUGAACGUAAAGUUGGAGUGACUGUAUAUACAAGCCCAACAACGGACACCACCGCCACCAGUUCAACUGUAGGAGCUGGAAUUUUAUCAUUUGCUGGUUUGUCAUUACCCAGGCCAGACAUUUCACAUUUUCAUAUAAUUGACCGAAUUAAGGAAAACAUUGGACUUAGUAGUAUAUUUGCAUCUGGAGAUACACGAGGUGCACCAAAGGGAAGUGCAAUAUCGACAUUGAGCACAAAGCCAAAAUUUAAACCCCCACCCUUGACCUUAUCAUCAUCGGGCUCAAAAAUGUCAUCUGGUUUCUCACUAAAGAUGGAGCCAGCCACACCACCCCCCAGCCCGACGACACCAUCAUCACCUAAAACCCCACCAUCUACUCCGACCUCUUCCUCCCCUAUGCCUAUGUAUGACACCCCUAAUGCCUUAAUGCAAAUUGCUGGAAUGCAGAUGCCGAGUAGGAGCCCGAGUAAUACAAUCUUGGGGGCGAUAGCUGCUAUAAAUAGAUCAGGACUAAGCCAAAGUAGACCAUAGCAUGUCAUCUUAAAGUAAUACGUGUCAUAACAAACCAUGUAUUUUAGUAAUCUUUUAGCAAACCAAAGGUGUCAUCACACAAUACGUGACAAAAAUAAUCCGAUUUUACGAGGGUAUGUUUUAUUCUCAGGGUGGCUUAUAUUAAACUUUUGGUGGGGGGUUAUUACUUAUGUACAGUAUACGAGUAUAUAUAGCAGCUUUGGACUGGCCUUCCACUGUAAUGUAUAUGUACAUAUACACAAGAUAAUAAAUUUGUAUAAACUGUGAAAAAGUUAUUUACAAGUUAGCAGAGAAAUACAAUAUGUAAUCGACAGUAAGGGCAUUUAUAUUAUUCACCAAAAGUUUGAGGCCAGUCCGUUAAAGAAACAUGAAGUUCCACACACAGCUUUAGGAACCGCCUCAUAUGUUUUGCACUAAAUUCUGCCCAAAAUUGCUUGUACAUGUGUAGAAUUUAGUGUGAAUGUUUGAGGUGGUCCCUGCACAUAAAUCAGUGAUCUCCCCAGGAUUUUUCUAAUCUCGGUUUAAAUUUUCAUUUAACCUACAUUUUUAAAAUCCAAAUUUUUCUUAUAACUGACUCACAACCAGUGGAUGAUGAAUUUCUAGAUGUAAAGCACAUUUAUAUGCUAUUUUUCAGUGCCCAAUAAUUAAAUUAGUGCUGGGGAGAUCACCGUUGAAAUAUUGUAUAUAUUUGUCCUCAAUGAGGGUCUUAAAAUGUAAAAAAGAACCCCUUCCUUUUGUUUGGAUUGAUUGCCUCACUGUUUCAAUAUCAGAGUGUAGUAGUAUUAACAUGUAGAAUUGUAGGAAACAGUCCUAAGGAUCUAAGAGCUGCUGGUCAAAAUGGCAUCAUUGACCAGUUGCAAUGUUAUUUUCC